GUUCCGUGAGCCCAGCGGCUUCUGAUAAUGGAGAUGAAAUGGCUGCUGUAUGUGACACUGCUAGCUCUUGGGACUCUUGCUGCCCAGGAGCAUGAUGUGGGUGAUGAUGAUGGUGAUGAUGUCAUUGAUAUUGAGGAUGACUUGGAUGAUGGCGUUGAGGAUGUAGAAGAUUCAAAUCCUGAAAGCAGCACUCCUCCUCCAGCUCCAAAGGUUACUUACAGAGCGCCAGUCCCAACUGGCGAGGUGUAUUUUGUAGAGUCCUUUGAUAAAGGAACUCUGGAUGGAUGGAUCCUUUCCAAAGCCAAAAAAGAUGAUACAGAUGAUGAAAUUGCUAAAUAUGAUGGUAAAUGGGAAGUCCAAGACAUGAAGGACACUAAGCUUCCAGGAGACAAAGGGCUUGUAUUGGUAACACGAGCCAAACAUCAUGCAAUUUCAUCCAAGCUUUCAAAGCCUUUUGUAUUUGAUACCAAGCCCCUUAUUAUACAGUAUGAAGUAAAUUUCCAAAAUGGAAUAGAGUGUGGCGGGGCCUAUGUGAAAUUGCUUUCAAAAACACCUGAAUUGAACCUGGAUCAGUUCCAUGACAAAACUCCAUACACGAUCAUGUUUGGCCCUGACAAAUGUGGAGAGGACUAUAAACUGCACUUCAUCUUCCGGCACAAAAACCCAAAGACUGGCAAAUAUGAGGAGAAGCACGCGAAGCGUCCAGAUGCAGACUUGAAGACCUACUUCACUGACAAGAAGACACACCUUUACACACUGGUUUUGAAUCCUGAUAAUAGUUUUGAAAUUCUGGUUGAUCAAAUGGUUGUCAACAGUGGGAAUUUGUUAAAUGAUAUGUCUCCUCCUGUGAAUCCACCCCGAGAGAUUGAGGACCCAAAUGAUCAGAAGCCUGAGGAUUGGGAUGAGAGACCCAAAAUCCCGGAUCCAGAUGCUGUUAAACCAGAUGACUGGGAUGAGGAUGCUCCUGCAAAGAUAGCAGAUGAAAAUGCUGUGAAACCAGAGGGCUGGCUGGAUGAUGAGCCAGAAUACGUAGCAGACCCUGAUGCUGAGAAGCCUGAAGAUUGGGAUGAGGAUAUGGAUGGUGAAUGGGAGGCACCUCAGAUUGCAAAUCCAAAAUGUGAAUCAGCUCCUGGCUGUGGAACCUGGCAGCGACCAAUGAUUGACAAUCCAAACUACAAGGGCAAAUGGAAACCUCCUAUGAUUGAUAAUGUGAACUAUCAGGGGAUAUGGAAACCCAGGAAAAUCCCAAACCCAGAUUUCUUUGAAGACUUGGAGCCUUUCAGGAUGACUCCCUUCAGUGCUGUGGGACUUGAGCUAUGGUCAAUGACAUCUGAUAUCUUUUUUGACAACUUUAUCAUCUGUACUGAAAGAGCUGUGGCUGAUGAUUGGGCCAAUGAUGGAUGGGGACUGAAAAAGGCAGCUGAUGGUGCUGCAGAGCCUGGUGUUGUGGGCCAGAUGAUGGCAGCUGCUGAAGAGCGUCCUUGGCUUUGGGUAGUGUACAUCCUCAUUGUGGCUUUCCCAGUGUUCCUUGUUGUUCUUUUCUGCUGCUCUGGGAAGAAGCAGCCAAGUGCUGCGGAGUACAAAAAGACUGAUGCUCCUCAGCCUGAUGUGAUGAGUGAUGAGAGAGAGGAAGAAAAAGACAAAGGAGACAAGGAGGAAGAGGAGGUGGCAAGUGAGGAGAAGCUAGAGGAGAAGCAGAAAAAUGAUGCUGACAUAGGAAGUGCUAGUCAAGAGGAAGAGGAGGAAGAAGAGGAAGGGGAGGACAGGAAACGUGCAUCAGAGGAGGAGGAAACUGUGAAUAGAUCACCCAGAAACAGAAAGCCAAGGAAAGAUUGAAAAAAAAAUAAUCAUAAGAACUUAAUCUGUGUGAAUUUUUUUCCAAAACAUGGUUCUGGGAGAGGACCUUGGACACCUUACAUUGAAACUUGGACAAACCUCAAGAUUUCACCAUCCACAGGUUCCAGUCACACUAUCCAAUGUAAUGGAGUGUCUAGCAGUAAAAUACUUGCAAUCCAUCUGUUAUAAAGAACAUCAUUCCUGUAGAAAGAAUGCAUUUAAUAUAAUGGGCUGUGGAUUUUGGAAUGUAACAUGACUAACCUUUUCACUUUUGGUUUUAAAUAUUUUUUUUCUGUUUUUAUGUAGAUUGGUAGAAUUUUACCAGUCUCGUAUCUUGGCUUAAUUUAAUAUGUUAAUUAGUGAAGAAUAACAAUGAAUCUUUAAAUACUAGAUGAUAAAACAAAAAUGCAGUUUCAUAACUAGUGUUUUUUUUUUUUUUUUUUUUUUUUUUUUUUUUACAAAUGUGCAAACUCCUUUGUCAUGUCUUUCUAUCCCAAAAAAUUUGGUAAUUAUUUGAAGAAAAGUUUUCAGUAUAUUUGAAAAUUCCUCUUCCCUCAAAAGGGGAAAAAAAAAAAGGGGAGGAGAGGAGAUCAUGUGUGGGGGAAACCAGUAGUUAAACUUUGUUCCUGGUGGGAGCUGGGAGGGAAGAGGAAGGGGUUGGUUGGUCAGUCUAUGGAACAUGCCCUCUGUGCAUGGCUAAAGCCCAAUUAAGUGUUGACAAAUGAUGUAGGAUUUGGAGUGGGUUGUCUUAAUGUGGCAUUUAAUCCUGCAGACCUUACAGUUAAUGGAUUUUGUUAGUUCAACUCUUUGUAAAAUUAACAGGUGGUUGGGGGGCACAGGGGUGGUGCUGGACUGCUCUCCCUCUUCCCCUCUCUUCAGCCACUGAUACUUUCCUUUCUCUGUGACUACACAGCUUUUUCUGAGUGCAGCUUUGCCUCAAUUGCUGGAAGUGCUUCAUGUUCAGCUCAUUGUCAAACUCUUUUAUUUUUAUGGCUAGGCCUACUCCAGGGUCCAAGCACUGGAUAGGACAGUGUCUCAUAUCCUCACUGUUAUCACUGUAUGUAUUCCUAUAGGAAUGGGAGAAAUGAUUGAUAGAGAAGUUGAACUGAGUAUUUAAUAAGGAAAAAAUCCCAAGAUGUCAGUAUUUGUAGGUGGGGAAAGAAGCAUGUGGAAUAUCUUAAGUGGUAUGUGAAACUGUUAAGUCUUUCAUCUGCUUUUCAUGUAACAAAUGCAUCCUAAAUUAUAUUGUGAAUGUUAGGGAGUUUCAAUUCCAGCUGAAUAAAUUUUUUUUAAAGCGUCGUGUCUACAUAUUAUACUGUUUCAAACACUUGUGGAAUGCUGGUGGUCACUACAAGAGCAUACCUCUGAGGGUGAAACUGACUUCAUCACACUGUACCAAAUAUGUUGGGGUUCAGAUGUCUAUACAGAUAAGCUUUUGUUUGUUUAGAGUGAAAUUAAAUGUCCUGAAAUUACUUCUCUUGCACUGAAUUUAAACACUCCAGUGUUUGGUCAUAGCUGUAGUAUGGGGAAUAAUUCCCAGGGGCUGUGGGGUGGGGGUUGGGUGCUCCAAACCUUGCAAACAGUCUAAUUACUAAAGGCUUGGGUUUUUUGUUUGUUGGUUUUCUUUUCUUUUGUACAAACACCUUUUGCUGCCUGUCCUUACGUUGUACCCCUCGUUUGUUGUGUUUGAAAUAUUAGUGACCACAAAUGCAUAGCAGGAUUUCUCGAUAAUUUUUUUCAGCAGUGUGCAAAUAAACUAUUGUAAGCAAGA